GUUCAUAAUGUUUUGUGUAGACAUUCCUCCUGAUGAAACCUCAGACAAUGUCCAGAUACAAAAAAAGGAAACAACCUAUCAACACACUCCUCAGACCACAGAGACUGCAGGUGUUUUUACCUGGGACCGUUGUGCAUGUAAUGAAUCUGCGGCCAAUGUGUCAGGUUUCUCCUCCCUGCCCGGUCACAUCCAAGACUUCCUCUUUUAUCGUCACUGCCGCCACUUCCCAAUGCUGCUGGAUGUACCUAAUAAAUGUGGAGGCCUGCACAAGUCUGCUGAGGUCUUCCUUCUGCUGGUCAUAAAAAGCUCCCCUUUAAAUUACGACCGCCGCGAAGUACUACGAAAAACCUGGGCCAAAGAGAGACUGCAGAACGGAGUGUGGAUUCGCCGGGUAUUCCUAUCGGGAACAACAGGUACAGGAUUUGAGAAGGAGAAUUUAAACAAGCUUCUGAGACUGGAGAACCGUGAACAUAAUGACAUCUUGCAUUGGGACUUCAAUGACACCUUCUUCAACCUCACCCUGAAGCAGAUCCUGUUCUUACAGUGGAUGGACAAGAACUGCCGCCAGGCUCGAUUUCUCCUCAACGGAGACGACGACGUCUUUGCCAACACAGACAACAUGGUGGAAUACCUGCAGAACCUCAGAAACAACAAUGGUGACCAGCAUCAUUUUUCAGGUGAACUCAUCUACUAUCUUGGACCAAUGAGGGACCCAGGAACCAAAUAUUAUAUCCCAGUACAGGUUCAAGAGUCAGAAAUAUAUCCCCCUUACUGUGGUGGAGGGGGUUUCCUGCUCUCUGGAUAUACGGCGAUGGUAAUUUACCAAAUGUCCCAUAACAUUACCAUUUUGCCAAUUGAUGACGUCUACAUGGGAAUGUGUCUGCAAAAGGCUGGUCUUGGGCCGGAGUCCCAUUUCGGGGUCAGGACUGCCGGGUUGAAUGUCCCCUCUGAAAGGGUAGAUGCUUACGACCCUUGUUAUUACAGGGAAAUCAUUUUAAUACAUAGAUUUCAGCCCCAUCAGAUUUAUCUUAUGUGGCAUGGAAUACAUGAUCCCAACUUGAAAUGUAAAAACUAGCCAAAUGUCUAGUCAUCCAUACACUAAACAUAUUUUGCAGGUACAUGGCAGACUUAUAAAACUGUAUCGCGGCCUUCAAUGGGAUCCUCUUUUACUGCUAAAUCACCAUGGGGAAAUGCUAUAGUCUGAAAUUAGAUGACAAUAUAUGCACAACAUGUUGAGAGUUGUUUCAUCAGUUAGAUGUGUUUGCGUUGUUAGUGCAUGCUCAAGCUUAGAAAUUGGCAUUUGGAAUUUGUUGCAAGCCUUUGACAACAUGAGGACAGAAAUAAGUGUCAGUACAUGUCUGACUUGUCAUCAUGGGAUGAAUACUUAUAAUAUUAAGAAACCAUGGCUAAGCAAGUAGAG